UUGGCUCCAGGCCACGCUCCGUGCGCCCGGGCCGCGACUCCUGACCAGCGGGGCCACGCCCCCGUGCGCUGAAAUCCGGGCUUCUAGGCCCGGUCUCCCCACCUCCGUGGCCCCCCGAGGGGAGAAGCGCAGGCACCUCAAGCAGCUCUCUGCAGCUUUGAAGCCCUCGUCGGUACCUUCCUCUCCACCAGCCUCUCCUCCCCCGCGGGCCGGAGCGGAGAGGGUGGGCAAAGGUGGAGCGUCCUAAGUCCUGCGCCCGCGGGGACUCUCGGUAGCGGCAGCCCUGUUGCCUCUCGGAUGGCGCACAGGGCCGGGCCCCCAGACGGGGGCUGGGGCUGGAUGGUGGUUCUCUCGGCUUUCUUCCAGUCGGCGCUGGUGUUCGGGGUACUGCGUUCCUUCGGGGUCUUCUUUGUGGAGUUCGUGGCGGCGUUUGAGGAACCAGCAGCACGCGUCUCCUGGAUCACCUCCAUAGGAAUCGCGGUGCAGCAGUUUGGGAGCCCAGUGGGCAGUGCCCUGAGCACAAAGUUCGGGCCAAGGCCCGUGGUGAUGAUCGGAGGCAUCUUGGCUGCUCUGGGGAUGCUGCUCGCCUCCUUUGCCACUUCCUUAACUCACCUAUACCUGAGUAUUGGGCUGCUCUCAGGCUCUGGCUGGGCCUUGACCUUCACUCCGACGAUCGCCUGCCUUUCCCGUUACUUCUCUCGCCGGCGAUCCCUGGCCACGGGGCUGGCACUGACAGGAGUGGGCCUCUCCUCUUUUGCCUUUGCCCCACUUUUCCAAUGGCUGCUCAACCACUAUGCCUGGCGGGGGGCCCUAUUGUUGGUGUCUGCCCUCUCCCUCCACCUGGUGGCUUGUGGUGCUCUCCUCCGCCCACUCUCCCUGACUGAGGACCCUGCUGUGGGUGGCCCUGGGGCCCAACUCAUCUCCCUCCUCCAUCAUGGCCCCUUUCUCCGUUACACUGUGGCCCUCACCCUGAUCAACACUGGCUAUUUUAUUCCCUAUGUGCACCUGGUGGCUCAUCUCCGGGACCUGGAUUGGAACCCACUGUCUGCUGCCUCUGUACUCUCGGUGGCUGCUAUUUCUGACCUCGUGGGGCGUGUGGUCUCCGGGUGGCUAGGGGAUGCCAUCCCAGGGCCGGUGGCACGUCUUUUGAUGUUCUGGACCACCCUGACUGGGGUGUCACUAGCCCUGUUCUCUGUGGCUCAGGCUCCCACAGCUCUGGUGACUCUGGCUGUGGCUUAUGGCUUCGCAUCAGGGGCCCUGACCCCAGUGGCCUUCUCCGUGCUGCCUGAACUGGUGGGGACUGGAAGGAUAUACUGUGGCCUGGGACUGGUACAGAUGGUAGAGAGCAUCGGGGGGCUGCUGGGGGCUCCUCUGUCAGGCUACCUCCGAGAUGUGACAGGCAACUACACCGCUUCUUUUGUAGUGGCUGGGGCCUUUCUUCUUGCAGGGAGUGGAGUUCUCAUCACCCUGCCCCACUUCUUCUGCUUCUCAGCUCCUACCUCCAAACCCCAGAAUCUUGUAACGGAUGCACUGGAUACCAAAGUCCCCUUGCCCAAGGAAGGGCCGGGAGAGGACUGAACUCCAAGAAGGGGCAGUCUGACCAAGAAGGCCAGAGUUUAGCAGCUCUACGUCUUCUACUCCUACUGCAUCUUAGUGCCCAUGAAACCACAGUGCCUUAAGCAUCUUGAUCUGCCUCCCCAGAGCAGGCUUGGAGCUCCUGCAGUGUAUAUGCCAACCCUUGGUA